AUGCAACAACAAACGACAUCCGUUGCUACAACACCAUCAGUUGCCUCAUCACGAUCUCAUCCUGAUUCGAGCCUACUUUUGCAAUCGGAAAACAACAAGCCUCUUGAGAAGGAGCUGACAAUCUUGGAAGACGUUGCCAAAACAGAUGACGGAAUGGAUAGUGAGGACGAGGAAGAAGAAAAACAUCAAUACAAAGUAAUAAUUGUUGGAGAUGGUACAGUGGGAAAAUCAUCAACGAUCCGAAGGUUCACCGAAGAUGAAUUUCAACAAUCGUAUGUGAGGACAGUCGGAGUUGAUUGGUUCAUUAAAAAUGUGUCCAUUGUUGCUGAAGGCCCGUUGCAAAAAACUAAUAAUAAGGAUGAACAAGGAAAGCUAAAGAAAAUUGAAGUGACAUUUCAAAUUUGGGACAUUGAGGGUCAGGCGUUAGGAUCAAAAAUUUUGGCAAGCUAUAUUUACGGAUCUGACGCUGUCAUCUUGACCUAUGACAUUACAAAUCCGGAGAGCUUUCAAAAUUUGAAUGAAUGGUUGAAAUAUGUAAAACAUAUAUUUUCUGAAAAUUACGAAGGAAAGAGAAAAACAGACAAGCCUAAAGAUCCUUUAAUUUGUGUAUUUGCUAACAAAUGUGAUCUUAGUCACGAGAGGAAGGUCAAGCGGGAAAUGCACGACGAGUGGACGUCUCGUAAUGGUUUGCAGUCGUAUUUUGUUUCAGCAAAAACAGGUGACAUGGUAAAUAUCUCAUUCAUUAAACUGGCUGCUUUGCUUGCCGGAGUCCAACUUCCUCAAGGGCAGCUAGAUGGCGCAACAAAGGUGAUUGUUGCUCCAAUAAUUAAUUAUGGCAAUCCAAGUAAGGAAGAGAAGCCUAAAGAAGAGAAACCAAAAGAAACAAUAGUGAGGAGUAGGACAUGUAUCAUCUCAUAA